AUGCCUCCCAAGUCGAAAUAUACCAACAGGGCUGAGGACACCGCUGGCAAUGCCAAUGGCGACGGUCCGCUUUCCGUUCUCACUGCUCGAGAGCAAACCAUGUUGCUUCAGGGCCUGCUUACCGUCCCUGGUUUCCCUGGCGGCAUUCAAAUCGACUACCCCAAGGUCGCCGAGCGCAUGGGCCUGAAGAAUCCGCGUUCCGUCGCCAACGCCUGGAGCCUUAUCAAAGGCAAAAUCAACGCGUACGACAAGAAGUACCGCGAGGACAACAACCUCCCCUCCGCCGCCGAAGAGGCCGCCGCCGUCGCACAGGCCGACGACGCCGAGGACGAGAAUCCGGCCCCCAAGAAGCGCGCCCGCGCUUCCAAGAUUAUUAGCGCGGCCGCCGCCAAGUCCGCCGUCGCCCCCGCCCCCCGCUGCCGCAAGCCCGCGGCUGCCGCGAAGGCCCCUCGCUGGCCGAGGCACUCCAUCAUGGGCCCGCUGUCGGAGCCCCUCGCCACCCCCGGCGAGUGGGAGGAGGACGAGGAGGAGGCGGAGGAGGAGAUGGGUGCCGCCGACCUGGGCGAGAUUUAG